AUGUAUGCCAACAACGUGAGCACUCUCGACCAGAUCCUCUCGUCUCUGCAGUGCUACAGUCAAAGUGCGCGCGUACGUGGCGACGUGUUCAAUCUCUUGGGCCAAAUCCCGUCCCUGCAGCCACGUUGCGGUACAUUCGCUCACAAUGACGGACGGACGAGCAGACUGCUGAAUCUGGAGGGAACGAUUCCGAUCUUCUAUCGGGGCAAUCAGUACAAUAUUCCAGUGGAGUUGUGGAUCGUUGAGAAGUACCCCAUGGCUUCUCCCGUCUGCUACGUACGUCCGACGGCGGACAUGAUGGUGAAGCCUGGACACAAGCACGUGACGAGCGACGGAUUCGUCGAGAUCCCGUAUACGCUCGACUGGCAGCCAGAGUGUACGCUAUCGGAGCUUGUGGCCCACAUGUGCUCGAUCUUUGGCACUACGCCGCCCGUGUUUCGGCGACCAGUGAUAUCCAGACCGAACCCACAUCAGGACCGACUAGACGGAAGCUCUGCGUCGGUUUCGAGCAGUAGCAGUAGCACCGGACGCUACUUUCAGCACGGGUCUCAGGCGCAGUCACGUGCAUCACAGCCGUCUCCGUAUUAUUCCCCGCACUUUCUGACCCCGUUGAGACAAGAUCUGUCAUCUUCCGAAGGCAUACAUGAACCUAAUAUGCUGUUCGGAAGCAGCACGCAAUCACUGGGAGGAGGAUCGACGUUUUCGGGUUCUGGAAUGUAUGCAUCGGGAGGUACAGUGAGUGACGGGAGAUCUGAAGAUGGCGCUACUGCGCUAACGAUUGAGGUAACCCGAAAGAUCCAGAUGCAGUUGGAGAAGACCUUCAAGCGUGUGCGCGACGACAUUGACCUUCAGUUUGAGCACGAAGUGCAGCUUACACAGUCGCAGGAGAACGUCGAGCGCGGCCUGCAGUCAUUGCGUUUUCUACGUGACGACCUGACUCGAGCACAAGGUGUUGUGAAAGCACAGGAUGAAAGUAUUACUGUGUGGCUUGAGGAGAAUGAGGACAACGAUACAGUGGACCCCGACGCAAUUUUGGUGGAAGGCGACGAGCUGUCUAAACAAAUUAUCGCGACGUUGGCAGAAAGUUACUCCAUCGAUGAUGCGCUCUACUAUAUGGACCGCGCUCUGAGCAAUGAUGAGAUGGAACUGUCCGCAUUUCUGAAGGAAGUGCGGAAACUCUCGCGAAAGCAAUUUAUGUGCCUGGCACUCGUACAGAAAAUCUACGCCAAGCAGCAAGAGCUUGCAGCGUCCUCGUAUUAUAGAAGCCCACGAAGAUGA